ACUUCAAAUAUUUUCCUUAAAAUUUUCCCUUUUGUCUCUGCAAAACCAAAACAAAUUAGAGAAAAAAAAACCCAAAAAAAAAAAGAGGCAGAAAUUUAAAACCAGAAAUGAGCCCUGCCCAAUUUCAUGAUCAGAGACCUGAUUACCUGUCCCCGGCCCCGCUGAAGAUCAACAAGGACUCUCAUUUCAUCAGGAAAUCCCCUAAUUCAUCGUCUUCCUCCUCGUCCUCUGCCGCGUCCUCCAUCGGCGUCGUCGGUCCUCCGGCCAAGCCACAGCAACACCGCCAGCCGGUCAUCAUCUACACGCACUCGCCCAAGGUCAUCCACACGCACCCUAAGGAUUUCAUGGCGCUAGUGCAAAAACUCACUGGCCUGUCUCGCUCCGAAUGCGAUCAAUCGUCGAAUACGAAAUCCGACAGCCGAAAUUCCUCCCCUGCUGACGAAAACAAGAUUGAUAAGAUCACCGGAAGCGACGACACUCACGAUCACGAUAAUGAAUCGUCGUCGGCGAUCACGGAUGAAAAUUCUUCCUUCUUAUCUCCAAUUCUGGAUCCGCAUCCAGGACCUUUCCUGACAAAUGCUCCGGUUUUUGCACCGAAUUCGGCACAUUAUAUAAACUGCAGCGACCCAUUCUUUUACAUGCCGCCGAAUAUGAGGACCUCUAUUUCUUCGUCUGCUGCCUUCGAUGCCAUUAAUGAGUUUCAGGAUUACUGAAUAUUUAAUUUAAUUUGGUUUAUGAGGUUAGAAUUUUGGAGUAAUUAAGAUCAGAAUUUACUACUAAUUGAUUUUUUGUUUUUUUCUCAAGCUAGCCAGGGUUUGAGUUUUUAUCCAAAUAAAGAGUUUCGUUUUUG